AUUUAUUUAUUCUCUGUUUUGUACAUGGUAUGAAUCAUGAGCGAUUUCUAAAUAUUUAUUUUACUAACAGCUGACAUACUUCGGAAAUAUGUGGCUAACGUUAUUGACAUUAAUUUUUCAAAAAAAUUCAUAGCGUAUUUUAAAGGCACAAUUUAUUAGCAAAACAAAAGAAUUGUAAUUAUGGGGGAUGACAAAUUUUCUCAGACGUUCAACUAUGUUUACAGUUGUAACAUGAAUUGUAAUUUUAAAAUUAAAAUAGGAACUUUAGAAGGACAACCCCCAAAACCGAGUUACAAAGCCCUUAUAGAAAAUCCAAUGUUAAAAUUUUCUGGACUUUGUCAGGAUAAGUGCUCAGAUCUCUAUGUCACGUGUGAAGUAUUUGCUGACAAUCAGCCGCUAGCAUUUCCUGUGCAAACAUCAUAUAAAGCAUUUACAACCAGGUGGAACUGGAAUGAAUGGUUGACUCUACCUGUGAAGUUCUGUGAGCUUCCACGUAAUGCUUUGCUUGCAUUAACUGUAUGGGAUAUUCUCGAGCCUAAUGUAAGUGUUGCUGUUGGUGGUGCCACUGUUUCGAUUUUUGGAAAAUAUGGGGCUCUUCGUCAAGGAAUGCAUGACCUUAGACUGUGGAAUGGUGUUGAAGCUGAUGGCUCUCUUAAUACUAAAACACCUGGCAAAAUUGAUUGUUCCAAGGAACAGAUGAGUAAACUGUCCAAGUUAACAAAAAGACAUCGCAAUGGCCAUAUGAUAAAGAUGGACUGGUUGGACCGUUUAACUUUUCGAGAGAUUGAAAUGAUCAAUGAAAAGGAAAAGCGGUCCUCCAAUUUCCUCUACCUCAUGAUUGAAUUCCCUAGGAUCGUUAUUGGAAAUCAAGAAUGCACUCUUGUUUACUUUGAGGAGGAUGGUGAUGCUCUGUGCUAUAACAACAAUUCUUGUGAAAUUGUUUUAGUCCCUGAUCCUGAAAUAUCUGGGCAAAACUUGGUGGAAGCAAAGCACCAUAGAUUAGCAAGAAGUUUACGAAAUGGUCCUACGGAUAGGGAUUUAAAACCAAAUGCAGCUGUUAAAAACCAAUUAAUGGCCAUAUGUGACUACCUUCCAACUAAAGUGCUGACAUCUGAAGAACAGGAUCUUAUCUGGAAGUUCCGGUUUACCCUAAUUAAUUAUAAAAAGGGACUUGCAAAAUUUUUAAAAUGUGUGAACUGGAAAAUCAGCAGUGAAGAGAAACAGGCUCUUGAUUUACUUGCUAGGUGGCAGGCAAUGGAUGUUGAGGAUGCCUUAGAAUUGCUUUCACCUCAAUAUACUCAUCCUAUUGUCAGGAGAUAUGCUGUAACAAGGCUGAAACAAGCUUCCGAUGAAGAUCUUCUAAUGUACUUGUUGCAAUUAGUCCAAGCUUUAAAAUACGAAAAUUUUGCUGAAAUUGAAAAAGCGCUGGCAGAUUUGGAAAAACGAAGAUCUAUCUCUUCAGUAAGCAAUGAUUCCGAAAAACUUGAAAAUUUUGGAGAUCAUCUGAAAAUGGAUUCAUCUUCUAGUUCAUCUGAACCAGCUUCAUUGGAGACUCCUUUUUCUACAAUAAAAAAUAUGGAUACUGACCUUGCUACUUUUCUUAUUGAACGAGCUUGUGCCAAUGAAACUUUAGCGAACUAUUUUUAUUGGUAUUUAAUAAUAGAAGUUGAGGAGCCUGAUAACCAUAAUAAAGAAAAUCAAGUUAAAAAAAUGUAUCAUGAUGUGAUGAAAAGGUUUAGUUUAACACUUCAGAGAGGACCACCUGAAUAUAAAAGGCGAAAGGAGCUGUUAUAUCGUGGAAGGGACUUUGUAGAAAAAUUGUUGAGUCUUUUGAAAACAGUUGCAAGAGAAAGUGGUGGCAGACGUAAAAAGACUGAAAGACUUCAAGCACUAUUGCUAGACAAAGACAUUCACAAAAUAGACUUUUUGAACUUUGAACCUCUUCCUUUGCCUUUAGACCCUUCGGUCAAAGUGAAAGGCAUCAUUCCAGAGAAGACCACUUUAUUCAAGAGUGCCCUUAUGCCCACUCGUUUGACAUUCCUGACAGUAGAUGAUAAAGAGUAUGUUACAAUUUUCAAACUAGGGGAUGAUCUUAGGCAAGAUCAGUUGAUAUUGCAGACAAUUUUUCUAAUGGAUAAGUUGCUGCUGCAUGAAAAUCUCGAUUUAAAACUGACCCCCUACCGUGUAUUAGCCUGCAGCAGUAAGCAUGGGUUUGUGCAGUACAUUGAAUCAUCUGCAAUUAAUACAAUCAUAGAUGAAUACAAAGAUAUCCAGAGUUAUCUUCGAGCUCAAGCUCCUUCUGAAAAUGGAGCUUUUGGAAUUGCAGCUGAAGUUAUGGAAAACUAUGUUAAAUCAUUAGCUGGAUAUUGUGUCAUAACAUAUUUACUUGGAGUAGGAGACAGACAUUUGGAUAAUCUGCUUUUAACUAAAACUGGUAAACUUUUUCAUAUUGAUUUCGGCUACAUCUUGGGGCGUGAUCCUAAGCCGAUGCCUCCUCAGAUGAAAUUGAGCAAAGAAAUGGUCGAUGCCAUGGGUGGAAUUCACUCAGAUUUUUACAAUAUAUUUCGGCAGCAUGCCGUCACUGCCUUCUUGAUCUUGCGUAGGCAUGGAAAUUUGUUUCUGAAUUUAUUUUCUUUGAUGGUGGAUGCUAGCGUUCCUGAUAUUGCUGUUGAACCUGAUAAAACAGUCAAAAAAGUCCAAGACAAAUUCCGCUUUGAUUUAAGUGAAGAAGAAUGCACUAACAUGAUGCACACUAUCAUUGAAGACAGUAUUUCUGCAGUAAUGCCAGCUGUUGUAGAACAAAUACAUAGGAUAGCGCAAUACUGGAGAAGAUAGGUCAUGAAGAAAUCAUCUUUAUGCCGAUAGAAAAAUUCCUAAUACUAUAUAAAUAAUUGAUGUAAAAUAAAUUCGUAAAUUUUGUAAACUUUUGCCAAAUGUAUUUUUUUCAGUAAAUAAAUAUCUAUUUUGUGUUUUUGUGUA